GCCUACCAAACCAGGAGUUCCUGAGCAACACAAAGAGUGUUGUGAUGUGUCUUCUUUUUCUCUAUCAAUAACUGUUGAAACAAAAUGCAGGAGUUACGUAUUUUUUCGUAUGAAAUGUUUUUCGGUUUCUUGUUGUAAUAGUUUAGGGAAUAAACCCGAUAUAGUAACUGCCCCUGCGUAA